AGAAAAAGUGAUGGGGAGUCCAGUCCAGUCCAUAAUAAUGUUUUGUUUGGCCCUUUUGAGCUGCAGGCCUGCCAUGGUUGACAGGUUGAGAGCACUGAGAAGAAACCAUUCUACACCACAGGUUAUUCAUUCCCCUUCUAUAAUUGUCCUAUGAAAGUCACUUCCAAUUCCACUUCUUGCAAUACCUGGUAUUGCAAUUAACACAGCUUCCUUUUCAAAUCCACUGCUACUGCUAAUUGCUUUGUGAUUUCAACUUCAAACCCUUUCUGGGUUUGAUUCCGCUGCUUCAAGUCUGUAUUGAUCUGAUAUUAUCAAUUGGGAAAUUUGUGAAUCCUCUAUUUUAAGCACUUCCCACAUUGGGUUCUUGAGCUUUUGCUUAAUUCCUUCAUGGGUACAGCUUCAACUGGGUACCCAUUUGGAAUCGCUGUCCAUUCACAUGGAAACUCUGCAGUCUCACCCCAUAAAUUGGAAUUCUCGCGCUCUUAUUUCCCUCUCCCCGCUGAAUUUUCAAGAAUCAAUCCCCACUCCGGCUCCGUUUUUCAUAUUUCUUCAAAGUCAUCAGUUUCUAAGAUCCAUAGUUUGCCUGACAUUGAUAAUAUCUUCUGGGACAAAGUUCCAACGCCCAUACUUGAUGUGAUCGAAAAUCCUAUCCAUUUGAAGAAUUUGUCUCUUAAGGAAUUGAAACAAUUAGCUGAAGAAAUUCGUUUGGAGUUGUCUUCCAUUCUUACAAACGUACCGAAAUCUUAUAAGGCCAGUUUGGCAGUUGUGGAGCUGACUGUUGCUUUGCACCAUGUUUUUCAUGCUCCAGUGGACAAGAUACUGUGGGAUGCAGGAGAAGAGACAUAUGCACACAAGAUUCUUACUGGAAGACGACCUCUCAUGAGUACAUUGCUUAAAAAGAAUGGUCUUUCUGGGUCCACAUCUCGAUUGGAAAGUGAAUUUGAUCCAUUUGGUGCUGCACAUGGCUGCAAUAGUGUAUCUGCUGGACUUGGCAUGGCAGUAGCAAGGGAUAUAAAAGGUAAACGUGAAAAAACAGUUACGAUAAUUAACAAUGGGUCAACUAUGGCGGGGCAAGUAUAUGAAGCAAUGAGUAACGUGGGAUAUUUGGACUCAAAUAUGAUAGUGAUCUUAAAUGACAGUCGGCAUUCUUUACACCCAAAACUUGAUGAGGGCUCUAAGACAUCUGUUAGUGCUUUGUCUAGCACCCUCAGCAGGCUUCAGUCCAGCAAAUCCUUUCGAAAGUUUCGUGAAGCUGCUAAGGGUGUAACUAAAAGAAUUGGUAAGGGAAUGCAUGAAUUGGCUGCCAAGGUUGACCAAUAUGCUCGCGGCAUGAUGGGUCCCUCGGGAUCAACCCUUUUUGAAGAGCUUGGACUCUAUUAUAUAGGCCCUGUUGAUGGCCACAAUAUGGAGGACCUCAUUUGUGUUUUACAAGAAGUUGCAUCACUUGAUUCAAUGGGUCCAGUAUUGGUACAUGUCAUAACUGAAGAAAACUAUGCAGUAGAAGGAUAUCAGAGGGGUGCAGGCAGGCAACUGGAUGAUCCAUUGCUGUACGGAAUUAGUUCUCGAACAUAUAGUGAUUGCUUUGUGGAGGCUUUAAUUGUGGAGGCGGAGAAGGACAAAAACAUUGUGACAGUGCAUGCUGGGAUGCAGAUGGAGCCAUCAAUUCAGCUGUUUCGGGAAAGAUUCCCCGAUAAGUUCUUUGAUGUGGGUAUGGCUGAGCAACAUGCAGUCACUUUUGCUGCUGGUUUGUCAUGUGGUGGAUUGAAGCCAUUUUGUGUAAUUCCUUCAGCUUUCUUACAGAGGGCAUACGAUCAGGUGGUACAUGAUGUUGAUCAACAGAGAAUUCCUGUACGUUUUGUAAUAACCAGUGCUGGAUUGGUAGGAUCUGAUGGUCCUAUACAAUGUGGUGCAUUUGAUAUAACAUAUAUGUCGUGCUUACCAAACAUGAUUGUCAUGGCACCAUCAGAUGAGAAUGAGCUAGUGCACAUGGUCGCCACGGCAGCGUGCGUUGAUGAUCAACCAGUAUGCUUUCGAUAUCCACGAGGCUCCAUUGUCACCACUAACAACCUUGCCCUUGAAGGGGUUCCAAUUGAAAUUGGAAAAGGGAGGGUUCUGGCUGAGGGAAAGGAUGUUGCUUUGCUUGGGUAUGGGGCAAUGGUUCAGAACUGCCUCAAUGCUCGAUCGCUUCUCUCGAAGUUUGGUGUCGAGGUUACAGUUGCUGAUGCAAGGUUCUGCAAGCCACUCGACAUAGCGCUUCUCCGACAACUUUGUGAUAACCAUGCAUUUCUAAUCACAGUUGAGGAAGGUUCAAUUGGAGGCUUUGGAUCUCAUGUUGCACAAUUCAUCGCCCUCGAUGGACAGCUAGAUGGAAGAGUCAAGUGGCGACCGAUAGUUCUACCAGAUAAUUACGUAGAGCAGGCAUCACCGCAAGAACAGCUCUCCCUAGCUGGGUUGACUGGAAAUCACAUUGCUGCAACGGCAUUAAGCCUGCUCGGCCGCCCCCGUGAAGCAUUACUCAUGAUGUGUUAGAUCCUGCAUCUCUCAGUCUCUGCUGAAGGCGAAGUAUUCUAACAGUUAAGAUUCACCUAACCAAAGAAGAUGGAAACACAUCGAUACCAAACCACCAGCAUUUUAGGUAUCAAUUUUCUGUACAUUCUGCAUCUAGUUUCUGUGCCAUUUUUAAUGGUUUGCUUUCCUGUUUUCGUAAACAAUUUUUACAACCACUUUCACACAGAGAAAUGGAAGAUCUUUGAUUCUUCAUCCUACUGUUUUUGUCUUCUGAUUACAAUGUAAAUGGAGAGCAAAAAUUUGCAUGUAAAGUCCAAAUUUCUCCAUAUAUUUCCAGUAUUAUAUGUAAGUUUAAAAACUUCAAGAAUAUUGAUUCGUGUAUCUUCUGAAUGGCUAAGCCGCUAAACUAACGAAUUUGCCAAUUUCUUAAAAAGCCCAAA